AUGUCGAUAGAUUUAAACACCACCGGUCCUCAAGAUACCGAAAUUACCUCCAUUACGCGUUUUCUUUUCAGGCCCACUAGUCGCGGCCUUCCACUGGAGCUCCCCCGCCAUAGCGAGGCCGAUAUCACAGCUACCUCUGACUCGACGAACAGCCUACUUCCAGGUGUCACUAGCCUAGACAGAUCUCAUGUGGUCCUCGAUGCACUCGUUUCAAUUUCCGUCAGUGGCAGUAAGCAAUGCUUACCUUUGUCUUUAGCAAUCGGUCUGACCAUCGUCGGUAUCUGCCUCGCUGAAAACAACCGGAAACCGCAAAAGGGUAUCAAAGAACAUCUGGAGAGCAUAUGGCAGCAACUCAAUACUAUCGCCGCUCUCCAGAGGUGCUUGCGGUGUGAAAACAGCCUUCCCGACAGUAACGAUAGUAAGGGCACAUCUCUAAAAGAUGCGGGGAGUUGUCUGUCGAAAGAAAGCACAGGGUAUAAGUCAUUGAAAGAGUUAAAACAGACCUUGAAUCGCGAUAUCCAUAGGUUCUGCUACUUCAAAACUAAACAUCGGGUCAAGAAAUAUCUCGGCGGUAUCCCCGCUUUCUGCAAAUACUACAAGGCUAACAGCCUAAUGCUGGAUGUUGGUGACGUUUUGAUGAUGGUUAUUUACUAUCUAGAUCAAAUUUAUCAGGUGGUAAUGAAAACUAAAGUACCCCUUGAUUCAGCGGGCAUCCCGUAUCUCGACUGGGAUCACCUAGUGAGCUGGUUUAACCUGCUGAUUCGUGAGUACACAAACAACAUGACGGGAUCGAUGGACCGGACUCGCUACAUCAUGGCUACAUGGAGUAGUUUACCUGAGGUCAAAAACGAUCGUACCCUAAACCAGUUUGACCUAGCAAGAGCGCUACAAAAACUAGUAACACUCAGCUCCCACAUCCAGGACUUAAUCAACUUCGCAUAUUCCCCGAGACUCCGAUCAAUACUCGAGAAGAAACUGGAGGUCGUUCUCGUAGACCCCAUCGUAGACCCAGUUCCAGAGCCAUCCCUUGGCGAGAUGAAGUGCACUGUCCAGCACGCUUUCGCCAUGACUGAGUACGCCAAGGACCUCUGCGCCCUUGGAAAGACGGGAGAGACUGCAUUGCAGGCCUCCCUAAACAGGCAACUCGAUCUCGUCGAAGGGGCGCUAGGGAGCCCGGUACCAUUCACUCCUGAUUCACCACCACCGAGAAUCCCAAGUGCAACCCCCUAA